AUGCCCCGCCAGGUCUCGUACCCCGCCAGGUCCUCGUACCCCGCCAGGUCUCAUGCCCUGCCAGGUCCUCAUCACCCCUCAGGUCCUCAUGCCGCCAGGUCCUCAUGCCACGCCAGGUCCUCGUACCCCGCCAGGUCUUUGUACCCCACCUGGUCUCUGUACACCAGGUCUCGUGCCCCGCAGAUCUUUGUACCCCGCCAGGUCCUCAUGCCCCGCCAGGUCCUCGUACCCGCCAGUCCUCAUGCCCGCCAGGUCUCGCACCCCGCCAGGUCCUCGUACCCCGCCAGGUCCUCGUACCCGCCAGGUCUUUGUACCCACCUGGUCUCAUGCCCGCCAGGUCCUCAUGCCCCCGCCAGGUCCUCGUACCCCGCCAGGUCUUUGUACCCGCCAGGUCGUACCCCGCCAGGUCCUCAUACCCCGCCAGGUCCUCGUGCCCCGUCAGGUCUUUGUACCCGCCAGGUCCUCGUACCCCGCCAGGUCCUCAUGCCCGCCAGGUCUUCGUACCCCGCCAGGUCCUCAUGCCCGCCAGGUCCUCGUGCCUGCCAGGUCCUCGUACCCGCCAGGUCCUCGUACCCCGCCAGGUCCUUGUACCCCGCCAGGUUCUCGCGCCCCUGCCAGGUCCUCGUACCCCGCCAGGUCUCGUACCCCGCCAGGUCCUCGUACCUACCAGGUCCUCGUACCCUGCCAGGUCCUCGUACCCCGCCAGGUCCUCAUGCCCAGGUCCUCAUGCACCGCAGGUCUCGUACCCCAGGUCCUCGUACCCCGCCAGGUCUUUGUACCCCGCCAGGUCCUCGGCCUCCUGCCAGGUCCUCGUACCCGCCAGGUCCUCAUCCCGCCAGGUCCCUCGUACCCCUCCAGGUCCUCGUACCCGCCAGGUCUUUGUACCCCGCCAGGUCCUCGUACCCGCCAGGUCUUUGUACCCCUGGUCUCUGCCAGUCCUCGUACCCGCCAGGUCCUCGUGCCCCGUCAGGUCUUUAUACCCCGCCAGGUCUCGCACCUGCCAGGUCCUCGUAUCACCAGGUCCUCGUACCCCGCCAGGUCCUCAUGCCCCGCCAGGUCCUCGUACCCCGCCAGGUCCUCGUACCCUGCCAGGUCCCUCGUACCCCGCCAGGUCUUUGUACCCCACCUGGUCCUCGUACCCCCGCCAGGUCCUCGUACCCCGCCAGGUCCUCGUACCCCGUCAGGUCUUUGUACCCGCCAGGUCCUCGUGCCCCACCAGGUCCUCGUACCCGCCAGGUCCUCAUGCCCGCCAGGUCCUCGUACCCGCCAGGUCCUCGUACCCUGCCAGGUCCUCGUACCCCGCCAGGUCCUCAUGCCCCGCAGGUCUUUGUACCCGCCAGGUCCUCGUGCCCCGCCAGGUCCUCGUACCCCGCCAGGUCCUCAUGCCCCGCCAGGUCCUCGUACCCCGCCAGGUCUUUGUACCCACCUGGUCCUCGUGCCCGCCAGGUCCUCGUACCCCGCCAGGUCCUCAUCACCCCGCCAGGUCCUCAUGCCCCGCCAGGUCCUCAUGCCGCCAGGUCCUCGUACCCCGCCAGGUCCUCAUGCCCGCCAGGUCCUCAUGCCCGGGUCCUCGUAUCCCGCCAGGUCCUCGUACCCCGCCAGGUCCUCGUACCCCGCCAGGUCCUCGUACCCCGCCAGGUCCUCGUACCCCGCCAGGUCCUCGUACCCCGCCAGGUCCUCGUACCCCGCCAGGUCCUCGUACCCCGCCAGGUCCUCGUACCCCGCCAGGUCUCGUACCCCGCCAGGUCCUCGUACCCCGCCAGGUCCUCGUACCCCGCCAGGUCCUCGUACCCCGCCAGGUCCUCGUACCCCGCCAGGUCUUCAUGCCCUGCUAGGUAA